UUACUCUGCAUGUCUCCCGCAUUCUGCAGAAAUGCGACUCCCGUCAGAUUGAUAGACGCCGGACCUGCGCGUUUCUUCGGUGAACCUUUCCGCGAAUAGCUACGCUGGAACAUGCCAGACGCGUUAAUGUAAAAACAUUAUGUAUGGUGGAUCUGAAUGGUGCCCAGAUACCGGACGGAGCGGAUACACUGGGUUUUAUCUAUGCAACUGUACGCGAUGAACCGCGAUAGCGUUUCGUCAACUUUAAAUGCUGCUGCAACUUGGGAUAGGAACCGGUCAGCUCCCUAAAGGGAAAAGCCUCUCCCCUUGACUUCCAGAACUGUCCACUCAGGAGCCCGGAGACAUUGUCAACAUGUUCAGCACCAAAAGGCUACAGAAGAAAUCGCAGUCGGUGGAUAUCAACUCCCAGGGCUUCACUGCCAGUCUGUUCCCAGGCCUGUCCAUCAACCGGUCCUCGCCACCCGUUGCCAGGACAACCACAUUCGAGGUGCAGGAAAACAACACAGCCAACUCCCAGCGGUGCAGUCCCCGAUGCGGUGAACUGAGAAGGGACUACACCAUAGAUACCGGCCAGAAGAAGACCCCCGACAAGAAGGAUGGCCGACGCAUGUCCUUCCAGCGCCCCAAAGGGACCAUCGAGUAUUCCGUGGAGUCGCGGGACACCCUGAACAGCAUUGCACUGAAGUUCGACUCCACGCCCAACGAGCUGGUUCAGCUGAACAAGCUCUUCUCCAGAGCCGUGGUCCCUGGCCAGGUUCUCUAUGUUCCUGACCCCGAGUACGUGUCCAGCGUGGGAAGCUCGCCCUCCCUGAGUCCCAUCAGCCCCUUGUCACCCACCUCUUCAGAGGCGGACCUAGAGAAGGACCCCGAGGGUGGGACUAGGCCCGAUGCCCCUUCGCCCGCCCCCGCCCCAUCCCCGACUCCAUCCCCAGCCCCGGCCCUGCGGCACUCCCACGCGAUCUCCUCCACCUCCGAGGAAGAGGAGGCACUGACGGAAAAGUUCCUUAAAAUCAACUGCAAGUACAUCACGGAUGGAAAGGGGGCAGUAAGCGGGGUGUUGCUGAUAACACCCAACAACAUUAUGUUCGACCCGCACCGGAUGGACCCCCUGGUGCAGGAGCACGGCUGUGAGGAGUACGGCAUCAUGUGCCCACUGGAGGAGGUGGAGUCAGCCGGUGUCUACCGGGAGAUCACUGACAGCAAGAUCCGCGAAUCUGUGCCGGAUCUGGACGCGUUGUUCUCAGGGACCUGGCAACUGGAUGAGCGGCGUCCGCGGGAUGGCCACGACAGCGGCAGCACAGCCCCCCGCGGCAUGGAGCGCUCCGUCUCCGAGGACGUCUUCACCGAGUCGGACCUGUCGCCCAUCCAGGAGGAGCGUCAGUCCGCCGAGGAGGACAAGUCCUCAGGCGCCUCGAGCGAGUCCGUCCAGACAGCGGGCGGCGCUCCGGGGGCAGAGCUGACCACGAGUGGCGGCGAGCAAGCCGGCGACACGGCAGCCUCCAGACAGCCCAGCCAGGAGCAUCCAAUCACAUCCACCAGCAGGGACCAGCAGCAACCCCACUGCCAGGCUCGGGCCGGAGACCCCUGCCCGGCCUCCCUGGGCCCCACCACGGGGCCAGUGGAGUCCGCAGCAGGGCGCGAAGGCGGCCCGGACGUGGCUAAGCCCACCCCACAGGGAACCCGGGACUCGGAAACAGACGUGGAAGAGCUCAGGAAGAUGUGGAUGAGUCACACUAUGCAACAGGCCAAGGAGGAAUGGGACAACGCACACCAGACGCAGAAGGACAGCCCGCCAGCCAAGGAAAGCCAGAGACAGAGCUCCGAGGAAGGUUCGUCUGUGUCCAGGGAGAGGCGGAUGUCCAGGUCUCCCAGGUUCUUGUGCCUGCGAGUGGGCAAGGCCAUGAAGAAAACGUUCGUGUCCAGCGCCAGCGCGUGCAUGCAGCAGUAUGCCCAGCGGGACCGCAAGCAUGAGUACUGGUUCUCCGUGCCGCAGGAGAGGUCGGACCACCUCUACCUGUUCUUCAUCCAGUGGAGCCCGGAGACGUUUUGUGAUGACAUCAGCGGCAUAAGCCGCGAGCCGGCCUUUAUCGUGGUCAAGAAAAUCAACGAAUCAGAAGCCGGCGAGGAGCAGGCCACGCCAGACUCCUCGGGCAAGGAGUGGGAGGUAGUCUCACUGACCGAGCACCACCGCCGGAUUGAUGCGCUAAACAGCGAAGACCUCCGCGCCCUGUGCAAACGCCUCCAGAUCACCAAAAAGGAAGAGGUGAACUCCAAGCAUGGCACGUCCAUCUCUGCCAGCCUGGAACCGGAGACCUUCAAGCCCAGUAUGAGUGAACCCAGCGACCUACUGGCAGCCGAGCAAGUUGAGAAGCUGGCAAAGUACCUCCCGCCGCGCACCAUUGGCUACCCCUGGACUCUGGCCUUCAGCACAGCCAAGCACGGCAUGAGCAUCAAGACCCUGUACCGGAUCAUGCAGGGGCUGGACUCACCGGUCCUCCUGGUCAUCAAGGACAGUGACGGGCAGCUGUUUGGGGCAUUGGCGUCUGAGCCGUUCAAAGUCAGCGAGGGCUUCUAUGGCACAGGAGAGACCUUUCUCUUCAGCUUCUAUCCAGAGUUUGAGGUCUACAAGUGGACAGGCGAUAACAUGUUCUUCAUUAAAGGAGACAUGGACUCCCUGGCAUUUGGUGGCGGAAGUGGCGAGUUUGGUCUGUGGCUGGACGGAGAUCUCUACCAUGGCAGGAGUCACUCGUGCAAGACCUUCGGGAACCCCAUGCUAUCCAUGAAGGAAGAUUUCUUUGUGCAGGACAUUGAAAUCUGGUCAUUUGAGUAGGCUGCUCAUGGAGGAAGGGAGAAAGAGAGAGAGAGAGGGAGAGAGGGAAGGAAGAGCAAUGGCUCCAGUUGGGACAGAUAGCCAACCAGAUGUUCCCAUGCCCAACAGGGUCCCAACCUAAAUGCGCAUCACCUUGGCUCCCAGGAAGCCUGUUAAAGAAGCAUAAUACCUCUAUGCUUGUUGUCGUAUGUUAUUUCU